AAUUUUGCAAUUAAAAGAACGCGGCGGGAUUAGAUGUUUCGUACAACCUGACUUAAUUUUACAAUAAUUUAAUUAUUGUUAAAGAAAAAGAGCACCACAUAGGCAUUGCAGAAAAACAAAUUCCAUGUGAAAAUUGCAAAAAAAUCUAACAACAACUAAGAGAACUGCAAUAAAAAUACACAGUCUGUCAUUCCCACCAUGAUCUUCAGUGAGUGUGGGUGGGGGAAAUGAGAAAACAGGCAAGUGUAAAAAAGCCAAACGUCAUCAACCCCAUCCGAUAAGAGAAUGGUGAGCAGUAAUGAUGGCAGAUUAAAACAGCUGAUGCCAAAGCAAUGAGCAAUGCAAUUACUCGCGUCAAAACAAACAGCAUUUCUUUAAAGAGCGAAGAAACGAGCUCGCAAGAGAUAAAAAUAUCUAUAUAUGUAUAUGUACAACAAAACCUUACCCACACAUAGUAAUAAAGUGCCAAAAAGCCUUUUUCAUUUGCUUUAUUUGCAGUGUUGACCGAAAAGAGAUAUAUAUACAAACUGGGAACAAGAUAAUUACUCUCCGGCUCUCCAAAGGGGAUAUAUACAUUUGUUUGUUUGCUUGGAUGAUCAGCUUUCUCCAUAUCUCAACUUUGUUGGGUGAAAAAAAAUAACUACUCAAAGAAAAUAUCGAUUCGUUUGAUCGGCUGACCGACUGGUAGUCUGGUUGGUUGCUUCGGCUGACAAUAAAGAUCAGCAGUUGUUUGGCUUUUCACAGCGUUCGUCGCUGUUCGGUGGGCAUUAAGAAAGAAUUGUUUUUAAAAAUCAUUCAGUAGUCACCCAACCACAGACAGUGGAACUCGAUCUUGGCUCUCGUUAAUAGUGUGCGCGAGUAACAACGUCUGAAUCACAACAACGAUCGAUCAUAUACAAACGGCAUUCAAACCCCUCAAAAGCACAGGAAUGCGUCAUUAACAUAUGUAUGAUUGUGGAAGUUUUAUUGGCCAUGAGCAAAGAGCCCAAAGGAAAGUAGCUUAGUGAGCGAGCCGAGCAAGCAAGCGUUUGUUGGUAUUUUCCCUGCAUAUUGAAAUCUCACAUCAUACGACAUUGAUUUGGGGAGAGAGUGAAUUUUGCAAAAAAAAAAAAAAAAACGGGAUAAAAGAAAAAAAGUUAACCUAUCUGACAACGUGGUAAUACAAGAAGUUUUAGUGUUUUCCAAAGAGUCGUCCAAUUUAACCAAGACGACACCAACGACGGUACAAACAAAAAAAAAUUUUGCGUUGUUGGCAAGAAAAAGAGAGAAAAUUUUUUCAAAUAAAAUAUAAAAGCGUUUAGUGUAAAAACAAACCAAAUGAAUUGAAUUCCCAUAUCAUCAAGUCGGUGCUAAAAAUCUGUUAACUCGAAUAAAUACUUCAGUGUGAAUUAAGAAAAACACAACAACACCAACAAAGAUAUAAAGCAAUAACAAUAAAAUCCAUUCAAUCAAAUCAAAAAAGUUUACUAAAAAAACUACAGAAAAUGACAACUUCUACCAUUAAACGGAGGCGUUCACCUUCCUCACACAAUCCACCGAAUGACGGCAGCACAGAUGCGGUGGUCACGCCGGUCACCACCGCCCCCAUAACCAAAAAUGAUUCCGAAGAUGAUUCCCUGAAUUGGACGGGUAAUAAUUAUAUAAAUCCAUUCAUACAUCGUUUGAGUAUAGAAAAUCGCGCUGAGUUGGUCAAGAUUUAUGUACUUACCGUUCUCUUGGUGCCCCUACGUGUGGUGGGUUGUAUAUUGUCUUUGGUCACCGCCUGGGUAUUUGCCAGUAUUGGCCUGUAUGGCACCACAGUGGAGGAUAUUAACAAACGUCCCAUGUCCGGCUGGCGCAAAAAGGUUCGAACCUUGGUACAAGUAUGCAUGCGUUCUUUAUAUGCUGCAGGAUCAUUUCAUUACAUAACCUUUAAAGGUCAACGUGCCUCGGCCAAAGAAGCUCCAAUUAUGGUAGUGGCACCCCACUCAUCAUAUGUCGAUUCCAUAGUUGUGGUUGCCGCUGGUCCCCCCGCUAUUGUGGCGAAGCAGGAAACAUCGGAUAUACCUUUGUUGGGAAAAAUCAUCAAUUACGCCCAGCCCAUCUAUGUGCAGCGUGAAGAUCCCAAUUCACGUCAGAAUACCAUACGUGAAAUAGUAGAUCGGGCACGAUCCUCGGAGGAUUGGCCACAGGUGGCCAUAUUUGCCGAGGGUACUUGUACAAAUCGUCAAGCGUUGAUAAAAUUUAAAGGCGGAGCCUUUUAUCCGGGUGUGCCAGUACAACCGGUUUUAUUGAAAUAUCCAAAUAAAUAUGAUACAUUUACCUGGACCUGGGAUGGGCCAGGAGUAUUGCGGCUACUCUGGUUGACUAUGGCGAGUUUUUAUAAUCGUUGUGAAAUCGAAUUUUUACCAGUUUAUUAUCCAUCCGAAGAGGAGAAGGCCAAUCCAAAUUUGUAUGCCAAAAAUGUGCGAGAAGUUAUGGCCAAAGCCUUGGGCGUUCCCACCUCAGAAUACUCUUUUGAAGAUGUCAUUGUGAUGACCAGAGCGCGUGAAUUAAAAAUACCCUUAUCUGGUGAUAUUGUUGAAAUCGAAAGGACUUUAGAUAUAUUAAAUCUUAUUAACUCAGAACGCAUUCUUGAAUUGACUGAAACAUUCUCAACCAUACCAAAUCGUGAUAAAUUAGACUUUUUGACAUUCUCGGAAUUACUACAAGUUAAUUUAAAAAAUCCCCAUUUACAACGUUUGUUUGCAGUAUUGGAUUAUCGUCAUACGGGCACAGUUAGUUUAAAAAAUCUACUUUUAUGUUCAUUAUUUUGUAAGAUGAAUAAUGCUGAGACCAUUGAGUAUUUAAAAGCCAUAACAAAGCUUUACACCGAACAAGGCGACCAAAUUUCUCGACAAGAAUUCGCUAAAAUCUUAAGGCAUACGCCCAAACUAACAGCAGAUCAAAUAAAUGCCUUAUAUGUGGCCAUUGAUACGACAAGCAAGGGCAACAUAACCUUUGAUGAUUUCGAGAAUUAUGUACACAACAAAUCGGAAUAUAAAUUUCUUUAUAAAAAACAUGAUUACAUUAGAAGAAAGUUAAGCAGCAAAUAAAAUUGAAAAUACAUUGUACUGCUGAACGGGGGGUUUAUGGGGGCCAUCGAUGCCAAUCGAAGGCCUGCUUAAGUUUUUAAGGAUUUUUCGUUUGUAAGCAUUAAUUUAUGAGAAAGCGGAAGCAGAAGCAAAAUGAAACAAAACAAAACAUCUCUAAAAAUACACAGCUAAGUGAUAGCAAUCAAA